AUGGCUUCAGAUUUGUUCUCUCCGCCAUUGGGCCUAAGUGCCAGGUUCGACCGCGAGGUUGAGCAAUUAUUGGCACAAGACCCCACGCAGCCAGCAAAACAUGUGUUUUUCGAAGUCUGGCAAAGAUUAAAGCCUGAGUACGAGGCCAUGCACCAGGCGUUAAAUCAGCACUUAUCCCGUCAGCUUGAGGAAAACUCGAUACGUGCAACAUUGCAUGGCAGAGUGAAAAAAGAUGAUUCUAUUUCCAAGUCAAUCGAUCGCCGUCAAGAAUUUCAUGGCAAGGAAUACGAUAACCCUGGACUUAUUCGCAAUGCAAUCCAUGACCUCAUUUGUUUUCGGAUCGUUGUGGACUACCCGUCUGGUCUCAAUCAAUCAUACCAAUUGAUCAAGAAAAGGUUCUCCAUUGAAGGAGUCAAUACCUUCUCAUCGGAUCGCGAAGUGGGCGUUCUUUGGAAGCCCAGGUUUGGAGCAUACGAAGGUCGGAACUUUCAGGUCAGGAUGAGUCCUGAUAAGUCCAAUGGGGAACUUUCUGCCUAUUAUGAAGUCCUUUUCGAGGUUCAAGUCACGAGCAUCGCAGAAAGUCUAUACAAUAGACUUGCCCAUCCACUGCACUACAAGAAAUCCUCGGGGACGCUAUCUCGCCAGGACGAGAUGAUCAUCGAUAUGUCACACGGGCUUUCCCUUUGCUACUGGAUCACAAUUGCCUGUAUGGAAGAAAAACUAGAGAGUGACUCAGAGACGAGCAGCCAGAAAUCCCCAAUUCCAGAUACUGUCAGAACGAUCGCAGGGCGUGAUCCUGAGGACACCCAGGUCGACAUGGAUGGCCUCGCUGAUCUCACACCUGAAUUGCCAGUCAUAUCAGGAGACCGAUCCCUAAUAGGGUCAAAAUCGGGAUCGUCUAGCAUGAAACGAACUGCGCCAACGGAAGAUACGAUCUCGAGAGAACAACUCCUUCGACUACUAUUUGAUCUUCCUAGAGAGAACCGCUCAGAUGAAGAUAUAUGGAGAGACAUAAGAGAUAGGCUCGGUUUAGAUGAUGGGACCUACAUGAAAUUUCUGAAAAGCUUCACAUACGAUCGAAUGAAUGAAAGGAAGAACUCUAUCCAGCAAAGGCAUCAAAACACGUUCGAAUGGGUCUUCGGUAAUGAGAAACUCAGUACCCAAGAUCGUUAUGGGCGAGCGGUCAAAGUACCCAAUUUAGCCAAUUGGCUAGAAGAGGAUCGUGAUUGUCUGUAUUGGGUCAGUGGAAAGCCUGGAUCAGGCAAAAGCUUCUUCAUGAAGUUUAUCGAAAAGGAUGAGCGAGUUAUAGCAGCGAUUCAAAGAUGGCAGCCGAAUUGCCGCAUUAUUUCGCAUUACCUGUGGAAACCUGGUAGUAACGACCAGCACAGUUUCAAGGGCGUCAUUUGCUCACUUCUCCAUCAGAUCUUGCAGGAUGAGAAAGCCGUUGCGUUGCGACUCUUGCGCGAAACGUCAGGCCUUUGUCACAAGAAUGAUGCAUCCGACUGGGAUGUCGAAGAUUUGAAGAAGCUAUUAUUCAAAGUUCUAGACCGCGCCGCUCACGCAUAUCUUGUCCUUAUCGAUGGACUAGACGAAAUGUCCAGACCCCAUGACGGCAUGAGUCAACUAUUUUCAUUUUUGGACGACCUUGCUAAACUGGAACGAGUCAAGGUCUGCAUCUCUAGUCGCCCUGAAACUCCCUUUGUCAAUAGAUUCAAAUCUCAACCUAGCCUCCGAAUGCAAGAUCUUACACGGAACGACAUUCGCAAGUAUACAGUUGAUAAGCUUUCGCAACUAGAUAUCGAGAUUGAUGACGAGAAAUUUCAGAAGGCUACCGACGUGAUCUCAUACCGCGCAGAAGGCGUUUUCAUAUGGGUUUACAUAGUUUUAAAGGAAAUUCAACAAGACGUCGACGAACUUGAUGAAGGGUGGGAUGACAUACUCAAUCGUAUUUCCAAGCUACCAAGUGAUCUCAUGACCCUUUACCGGGACAUGUUAUCGAGGGUUGGCUUCAUGGACGAAAAACAUGUCAAGAGAGCCGCACUAUACUUCCAGUAUAUCCAGAAUAUGCCCCGGCACAUCGAAUCCAAUAUUGCUACGCUCUCUCUAGCAGCAGAUGAAACUAUUUUGGAGUCAUUUACGGGACCAGAGAAUGUUCCUUGCGCCGAUGAAUGGGUACAGCUCUGCGAAAAGGCCGAAAAGACUCUAUUUCGGAUCACCGCCGGACUGUUAGAAAUCCGAAUUCACAAGUAUCUUUUGGAAAUCGUACCAUCAGAAGAUAAAACAAACAUGAUGCCAUGGAUGGCAAAGGAAGUCCACUUCAUACACAGAACCGCGAUUGACUUUUUAGAAAGUGUAGAAGGGAAACAUCUUUUCGGGGCAUAUGCAAAGACUCCUAAGUGCAUGCUCAAUAUAUAUGUCAAGGCACAGCUCGCCCGUUACUCUGUCGUGCCCGACCUCUCAUCAGGUCUAAGGGGGGUUAUUGAGAUUCUACCCGCAGAAUACGAUGCAGAGUACUCCUCCUGCGUCUCAAAUGAUAUUCUAUCCGUCAUUCACGCUUGUUCGGUCGACAAGCCAAACGCUCUUAUACAUCCGCCUCAUUUUGUGAGCUGCGAGAACUUUUUCAUAACCUUCAUUUCCUAUCGCGGAUUCUACAAAUGGGCCCAGGAUCUGAUUAAGGUUAGCGGCAAUUACAAUCUUAAAGCUUCAACUUAUGCUCUGUUCGGUGCGUGCGAGUUAUCACCAAGUAUCGGGGCCUGGACUGCGAAAUGCCAUCUGGAACGUUGCAAAGCAAUUAUAGUUAUGUUGAAGCAUGUUUCCAGAUUACUUGAACACAGUACCCAAGAUUCAUCAACUCGACAAGGCGCAACCAAAGUGAUUAUGUGGGCGUGGCGCACCUUCCUCUUCUGUGAGGCUAGUCUAGCGACCCUCAAGUCCAUUCCUGGCGGCCACAGACAAUUGAUUACAGAUAUUCUACGUCUGUUUAUCAAACUUGGAGUUAUGCAUCAAGUGUCACAACCCAAAUAUCUUGUUGAAUGGAAUCGAAUAGGGAUGUUCAAAUUUAUAAGUGACAAAGAUUGGCUUGAGUCAUACACACCAGUAAUUUACAUCGAAACAAACGAUGCAUGGUUUCUUGACCUGCUGACACAUGGUAUGCCCAUCACCCAAGAACUUCGGGAAAAGAGGGAGAAUGCUUUUAUUCGUAUUCUUGUGGCACGCGGUGCUCGGGGACCCGGCAAGGUAGAAGCCGAGUACUUCCUCAUAAAUAAGUACGAGGUCAAACCAGAAACCGCGGCGGACUCACUCAAAGAGUUGGAUUCCAUCUCUCGGCUUAUUGACGACAAGUCUGACCACUUGCAUACAACUUCCUUGGGACAUUUUGAGGGUAUUUGUGCUGUUUUAGAGAAAAUCGGUUAUGAUUUACCAGACAUCAACAUGGUUCUAGUCGACUGCAGAGAAUUCAUCUAUUGGUCUAAUCCAUACAAGCCAAGAAUGUAG